AUGUAUCCUGUCUCAACUGCGAGUGCAGCACCCUCCGGGGAGUCUGGGCCAGUGCCAGUGCCAGUCCCCGGGUUUGCUGCCUUCCUCAGCCUGCUUGAAGUCGCGCGGGCGAUGGUGAUCGUCUAUUGGGUUCUCCCGUCGAUCUUCCUAGUCAUCCGAGUCUGCUUCAAGAUCUUCACCCUCCGCCAGUUCAGGAUGUCGGAUGCUGCCAUGCUCAUCGCCUGGGCCCUCUUCACAGCCCACCUAGCCCUAGCCUGGCUCGUCCUCAGCGCACCCCCCGAUAGACGGACCUUCGCCUCCCUCCGCCCGUACUACUACGCCGGCACGAUCCUCUACGGGAUUUGCCUGUUCUUCCUGAAAGCCUCGAUCCUGCUGCAGUUCAUCGAGGUCUUUGCGCAGCACCGCCGUGACUGGUUCUUUUGGGCUUGCCAAGCUCUGAUCUGGUCAACUUGCAUCUGUUAUGGCAUCAUUGGCCCGCUGCUGGGUGUUUUCUCUUGUCCUCCGUCUCGGGCGGCCUCGGUUUCUUUGACUAGGGCAGGUGGCGGGGGCGCGUCUUGCUUGGUACACGCCGAUAUUCUGGACGUGUGUUCGGGCGUGUUCAAUGCCGCGUCGGACAUUACCAUCCUCGUCCUCCCGCAGACGCGCAUCUGGACGCUGCAGAUGCCACUGCGUCGGAAGCUGGCUAUUUCGGCGGUUUUUGCGGUGGGGUUGUUCAGCCGCCAAUAUUGCCCACGAGCGGUACAUGCGUGGUCUCUGGACCCUGGGGCUGCUAGAGAUGGCCUGCGGGAUUAUAGCGGGGUGUCUCCCCUCCACAGCGAAAUCGGUGUAUAA